UAGUAUUAGCACCAGUAGCUUCAUCAAAAUAGCCGCCCACUGCUUACCCUUACAAGCGAAUGAAUAGGGCUCGAUCCACCAUAUUGGUUUCGGCUCGCUCAACACACCCCACGGCCCCUGCAUCAUUGUGCUGUAAUCUUCUGCGGCACCGCCCCAGAUGAUCCUUGUGAUGAACGGGGAAUUAUUUGUUGCUGGUCAAAUAUCGGAAAGUUUUUGAAUACACACAAGCAAAGUCUUGUGCGAGUGGCGGGGCCGUUGCUCAUGGCACUGCGACUGCCUCUUUGGUGUUAAAUCCUCCGUUACGGUUGUAAUCGGAGCUCUAGCGGAGAGCAGAUAUGGGAAGAUUGUCUUGUCUGUUCGUGCUACGUCACAGACGGCCGGCCGGGAGCAUAUACGAAGAUGGGGGACCUGCCGGGCGGAAUACACCCGCGGUCCGAAGUGCGACGUGUGAAGCAUGCGGAAGCGUGUUGUACAACAUGUUGGCUUUCUAUGCUAAUAUCCGUGGCACCAUCGAUCAUAUCAAGAGUCUUGAGCCUCAAGCGCAGGGCAACGCGGUGCUGCGCCGCCGGCAGUUUAUGUCUGUGGGGUUACAUCCAACUGGGGCUCUUUUUCAGACUGCAUACGUACCUUGGAAAGGUAUGAAAGAAAGAAUAUUGAUAGUGAUGCCGACUGGGAGGGACCAGCCACGGCGUAUAGACGUACAAAUUUCUCAUCGAGCAGGUUUCAACAGUGGCAAAGACUGGCUGGUGCUUUUGCAAUUGACUGAUUUUCCGUACCAAGACCUACCCUCGUUUGGCAAAGGGAAAUAUUGCUGCUAGCGCUGAGCUGAGUGACGACGUUAUCCCCGUUUUGAUGGCAACUGUCAAUAGCACAAGUGACGAGUAGUGAAAAGCCGUUGUGGGGUCUGUGCUUGCAAUGCCUGCAGGAAUAUGACAGAUGAUAUCCCGGUCUGAUGUCGGUACCGAUCCUGUGUCACCAUAUGCAGGAGCAUCAACUCCAGAGCCUUGUUACAAAGGGGCGUCAAUUCAUGCCAUUCGUGGGUGAUAC